AUGCUGUCUCGUACUUUUUCCCGACUAAAUACCGUGUACAGCAGACGCCGCUGGGAGCAGCGCAUCGUUUCUGUACUUUCCGAGCAGAAGAAUGCCAACGUUGACGCUGUCGCGCAGCGCUUUACUCGUAUUUAUAAGGAAAGACGCUUUACACCUGUGGAGGAAGCUUUUCCAUUACGCGAUACUGCUCGGUGGGUUGGACUAAAUGAUGAGAGCAACUCCGGAUCUCACAUAAAUCAGCAAUCAACACUUCAGCAGCCCCCAGACGCCCACAAGUUGCGAGCCGUAAUUGUGGGGACUCAAAACAGCGGGAAAACAUCACUGCUAAAUGCCCUUUCGCUAAGUCAUAUUGGUGCUGUAAGUAAUCGUAGUGGUGUAACUAGGGAGUGGACGAGGGGCGUUGCAACGGUGCACAAUACACAAUUGGUGCUACUCGAUACACCCGGUAUUGUUAUUUGUAACGGUGAAAAAGACCGCCGCCGUCAUGCUGCUCCUGUUGCGCGGACAUGGGAUGCUUUUACCGUUACAGAUCUCGUUAUGUUAACCCUACCGGCGGGACUCGGUUUUGUAGAGCCGGAACAAAAGACUGUUGCCCGUGAGGUUGUCCACCGGGCAUCACUGCGUAAGAUGCCUGUAGUUUUGGUUAUUACAAUGAUGGACCGAGUACAAACCCCAAGACACCGCGAGUUAUAUUUUGCGAUGCGGACUGAUUUGGAGUCUUUAUGUCUUCCUAUUGCCUGCGUAAGUGAAACUAGUGUGAAGGGUGGAAAUGGGCUCGUGGAGUUGAAGGAUCUUCUCUGCCGUUACGCCUCUCCAGGGGAUUGGGAGUUCUUUCGAAAUGAAACAACGGAUGCCACUCCUGUUGAUCGUGUGAUGGAAUUGCUACGGCAGUGCUUUUUUGAGGUCCUUCCGCAUGAGAUCCCACACCAAAUGCGACAUCGGAUCAUUGGAUGGACGAAAAAAGACUCUGGGACGGUUGAGGUUAUUACGGAGGUAUUUUUUGAUAGGCCCGCAUACAUGUUUACCUUUUACGCAAAACUAGAGGCGAUUUGCUACCGAGCACAGCGCAUUGUUGAGCGUGAGUUGAAGGGCCGUUACCGGUUUGUUUUCCAAGCAUUUAUUACGCCAGGUGGAAUGUCCUGCAAGUAA